ACCACUUUCCCACGGCCUCCACGGCUGGGCUGACUUGACAAGUCGACAGAGAGGCUCAGGAACUCCAACAACAUCGACAUCAGGUGAAACGUCAUUCCCGGACUACUUUGACGAAACCUCCAGAGACAAACCUCAGCCUCCUCCUCGGGCUUUUACAUAUAUCGCCCGAAUUCCAAGAACGUUCGUGCGCUUAGCCGUCGCACUAGUCUCGUUCAAAUCACACUUUCCACUCGCGAAAAGACGACGGGUUAUCUCGUUUCUACCCCUUCUCAAACAAAGCUUCAUAACAAUGGCCAGUCCAGCUAAGGUCCGCAAAAUCGCCGUCCUCGGCUCCCGCGCCGUCGGCAAGUCCUCCCUCACUGUGCAAUACGUCGAGAACCACUUCGCCGAAACCUACUACCCAACCAUCGAAAACACCUUCCAAAAGACCAUGCGCCACCCAACAACCCACCACGAGUACCUGCUCGAGAUCUACGACACCGCGGGCCAGGACGAGUACUCCAUCCUCAACUCCAAACACGCCCUUGGGAUACACGGCUACAUGCUCAUCUACUCCGUCGCCUCGCGUGCCUCGUUUGAGAUGUGUUCGGUUGUCCGUGAUAAAAUUCUGAAUUAUACCGGCAUGGAGUGGGUGCCGCUGGUGUUGGUGGGAAAUAAGCUGGAUUUGCAUCAGCAGAGGCAGGUGGAGAGCUCGGAGGCCGAGGCGCUGGCGAAGGAGUGGAAUUGUGCCACGGUUGAGUGUUCGGCUAAGCUGAACCAGGGGGUUGCGAAAGCGUUUGAGACAAUGCUGAUGGAGAUUGAGAAGCAGACUAGUGGGGAUGCUGAGCCGCCAAAGAAGGGCUGCGUCAUUCAGUAGAUGUCGAUCCUAGUGCGCUUUUCGCGCAUGGCAACAAUUGGGAUGUCACAUGUCUUAACCGAUCGGGCUUUGGGAGGUAUCCCAUCUCUCUUCAUCCAUUGCGGGCCACGGCUGCCAUGCGACGUCCAUCGACCUGUUUCCAUCCUCCGCCUGAACCAGUUCCUACAUGUCUUUACAUGCGCUCUCCUUUACUCGAAGAGCCACCAACUUUCCCUUUUCUUUUUCACUGUACAUAUUUUCAAUGUAUCAUACGCUCGAGGACUUUGUCAAAACCAAAAAUGUUACAUAUGUAGAGGUC